CACUUUAAGUCACUUUAUAUCAAUUCAUGAUUUCUGUGUGUUAUUCGACAGAGUUGGUAAAGGAGUAUUUUCUGCCAUGAAGCUCGGCAAGACACGUCCACCGAAAGAUGACGGCAGGAGACAAGAUGAGCCGGCUGUCUUGGAAACAGAAGACCUGGAUAGGAAGGCAAUGCGACUAGGUGGUGGACUGGACCCGGACACCAUAUCUCUUGCCUCUGUCACGGCUGUCACAACUAAUGUUUCCAAUAAAAGAUCUAAGCCGGACAUUAAAAUGGAGCCCAGUGCUGGGAGACCAAUGGAUUACCAAGUUAGUAUUACAGUGAUCGAGGCUCGGCAACUGGUGGGAUUAAACAUGGAUCCGGUGGUUUGUGUUGAGGUUGGAGAUGAGAAGAAAUACACCUCCAUGAAAGAGUCCACCAACUGUCCGUACUAUAAUGAGUACUUCGUCUUUGAUUUCCACGUGCCUCCAGACGUGAUGUUUGACAAAAUAAUCAAACUGUCAGUCAUCCACUCCAAGAAUCUCCUGCGCAGUGGCACAUUGGUUGGCUCCUUCAAGCUGGAUGUGGGGACAGUCUAUACACAACCUGAACACCAGUUCUACCACAAAUGGGCCAUUCUUUCCGACCCUGAUGACAUCACAGCGGGGGUUAAAGGUUACCUAAAAUGUGACAUUGCUGUCGUUGGUAAAGGGGACAACAUAAAGACGCCUCACAAAGCUAACGAGACUGAUGAUGAUGACAUUGAAGGAAACCUGCUGCUCCCAGAUGGGGUACCUCCAGAACGCCAGUGGGCUCGCUUCUACGUUAAGAUCUACCGCGCUGAGGGUCUACCCAGGAUGAACACUAGUAUCAUGGCCAACGUUAAGAAGGCUCUUAUCGGGGAAAACAAGGACUUGGUUGAUCCCUAUGUCCAAGUCACAUUUGCUGGGCAAAAGGGAAAGACGUCAGUACAGAAGAGUAGCUAUGAACCCAUGUGGAACGAGCAGAUUAUAUUCACUGAGAUGUUCCCACCGCUGUGUAAGAGGAUGAAGAUACAGAUCCGAGAUUCUGACAAAGUCAACGAUGUCGCCAUCGGGACCCACUUCAUAGACCUGCGCAAAAUCUCCAAUGAAGGCGACAAAGGUUUUCUCCCAACUCUGGGUCCAGCUUGGGUCAACAUGUAUGGCUCCACACGGAACUACACCCUGAUGGACGAGCACCAGGAUCUCAACGAGGGGCUCGGAGAGGGGGGUGUCAUUUCGGGCCCGGCUUCUCUUGAGUCUUGCCGUGGAGAUUUUAGACACAAGUUCUCCUGAGCUCACCAGCUCCACCGAGGUGCAGGUGGAAGGAGCGGCCCCGGUAGCUGAUAACUGUACCGGUAAGAUGGAGGAAUUCUUCCUCUUCGGAGCUUUCCUGGAAGCCACCAUGAUAGAUCGCAAGAGCGGAGAUAAGCCCAUCAGCUUCGAGGUUACAAUAGGAAAUUAUGGGAACCAAGUUGAUGGGACGACACGGCCAAGUCUUCGGAAAAAAAAGGAAGGCGGUGCGGUGAUGGGGUAGAAGAAGAGACGGAACUCUUGCAGAACUCCAGUGAGGAUGAAGCAGACGAUGACGGGGAAAUGCAGUCUGUCUCCUGUACUCCAUCCAUGAAACCCUUUAUUACAGACAGGAACUACUUUCACCUCCCAUACUUUGACCGGAAGCCUUGCAUCUAUAUUAAGAGCUGGUGGCAGGACCAGAGGAGGAGACUCUACAAUGCCAACAUCAUGGACAAGAUCGCAGACAAGCUGGAGGAAGGGCUGAAUGAUGUCCAUGAGAUGAUAAAGACAGAAAAGCCAUAUCCAGAGAGAAGACUUCGGGGGGUGCUGGAGGAGCUGAGCAGUGCCUGCUUUCGCUUUGUCACAUUGGCCAACAAGGAUCAGAAUCAGAAUGGACGGACUAAACUGGACCGCGAGCGAUUAAAAUCCUGCAUGCGAGAGCUAGAGAACAUGGGGACCCAGGCCAAGACAAUGAGGUCUCAGGUGAAGAAGAACACUGUAAGGGAUAAAUUGAAGUUGGUCCAGAACUUCCUACACAAACUGCGAUUCCUGGCUGAUGAGCCCCAGCACAGUAUCCCGGAUGUCUUCAUCUGGAUGAUGUGUAAUAAUAAGCGUAUCGCCUAUGCCCGCAUACCAUCCAAGGACAUCUUGUACUCCAUUGUGGAUGAGGAGACUGGAAAGGAUUGUGGGAAAGUCAAGGCUGUCUUCCUUAAGCUACCUGGAAAGCGAGGUUUUGGCCCUGCUGGUUGGACUGUUCAGGCCAAGAUGGAGGUCUACAUGUGGCUGGGCCUGAACAAGCAGAGGAAGGACUUUCUGAAUGGUCUGCCCUGUGGGUUUGAGGAAAUUAAAGCUGCAAAGGGCCCAGGUCUGCAGUGCUUCCCUCCUAUUAGCCUCAGCUAUACAAAGAAACAAGUAUUCCAGUUGCGUGCACACAUGUACCAAGCACGCAGCCUGUUUGCGGCAGAUAGCAGCGGUCUUUCUGAUCCCUUUGCCCGAGUUUUCUUCAAUACCCAGAGUCAGUGCACAGAGGUCCUGAAUGAGACUCUGUGCCCGACAUGGGACCAGUUGUUGGUGUUUGACAAUGUG